CUCUACUAUAUAUACACAACUACAAUUCAUUCCAUCCAAUUUCAGCAACAAUUUCAUCGGAGUGUUCAAUUCAUACAACACUCAGCCCAGAAACUAAACAAUCUGAAAGUUCACACUUCAUAGCUAUGGCCAAUAUAGAUUGUCCAUUUCCACCAGUAGACAAAUGUGAAUCCGUUGGGCGCGAAAACCAGGCCGUAGUAGCUGAUAUGGAUGGAACAUUACUCAUAGGGCGCAGCUCAUUCCCUUAUUUCGCACUCGUCGCGUUUGAAGCUGGUGGAAUUCUUCGCCUGAUCCUCUUGCUGCUGGCCUCUCCCGUUGCGGGAAUCUUGUACUAUUUCAUCUCUGAAUCUGCAGGUAUUCGUGUACUUAUAUUCGCGACCUUUGCUGGGAUGAAGGUCUCGAGCAUUGAGUCAGUGGCACGUGCUGUCUUACCCAAAUUUUAUUCUAGCGAUUUACAUCCAGAAACAUGGCGUAUCUUCUCGUCGUGUGGGAAGAAAUGUGUACUAACAGCAAAUCCUAGGAUUAUGGUAGAGCCAUUUUUGAAGGAAUAUUUAGGCGCAGAUAUGGUGUUAGGAACAGAGAUAUCAACCUACAAGGGUAGAGCUACAGGAUUAGUAGAUGGCCCUGGUGUACUUGUGGGCAAAAACAAGGCCGAUGCCUUGAAAAAGAAUUUUGAAGCUGAAUCAUCCCCCGACAUAGGCAUUGGUGAUCGAAGAACAGAUUUUGCAUUCAUGGCUCUUUGCAAGGAAAGCUACCUAGUUCCAGCUGCCCAGGAAGUUCAGCCAGUGAGCCUUGACAGGUUGCCAAAACCAAUAGUUUUCCAUGAUGGUCGGCUUGUCCAGAAACCAAGUCCUUUGAUGGCACUUUUAACCAUUCUCUGGAUACCAAUUGCCUUCCCCCUAGCCUGCCUGCGAAUUGCUGCCGGGGCACUCCUGCCAAUGUCACUAGUCUAUUAUGCUUUCAGGGCACUUGGAGUCCGAGUCAUCAUCAAAGGAACACCACCUCCACCAGCACAAAAAUCCUCAGGCCAAACUGGUGUCCUGUUUGUUUGCUCCCACAGAACACUUCUCGAUCCAAUCUUUCUUUCAGCUGCUCUUGGCCGUCCAAUUCCAGCAGUCACAUACUCGCUUUCACGCCUCUCAGAGAUCAUUUCACCCAUCAAAACAGUGAGACUCAAUCGCGAUCGUGUCAAGGACUCCAAGAUGAUCAAGAAUCUCCUACAGGAAGGAGAUUUGGCAAUAUGCCCUGAAGGAACAACUUGCAGGGAACCAUUUCUACUGAGAUUUUCAGCAUUGUUUGCCGAGUUAACAGAUGAGCUGGUUCCUGUGGCAAUGAACAACAGGAUGAGCAUGUUUCAUGGGACAACUGCCAGAGGCUGGAAAGGAAUGGAUCCCUUCUACUUUUUCAUGAAUCCUAGCCCUGUUUAUGAAGUAACUUUUCUGAACAAAUUGCCUCAAGAGCUGACUUGUGGUGCCGGAAAACCAAGCCAUGAUGUAGCUAACUAUAUCCAGAGGAUGAUCGCCUCAACUCUAUCCUAUGAGUGCACCAGCUUCACUCGAAAGGACAAGUAUCGAGCUUUGGCAGGAAACGAUGGUACUGUCUCGGAAAAACCUAAACUUGCUGCAGCAAACAAGAUCAUGGGCUGCUAAAAAAUGCAACUGACCUGUUCAAUUCGCAUUAAAGGAAAGGAAAGAAAAACUUUUCCUAGGGGGAAACAGGGAAAAGAGACGGCCAUCAUGCAGCUAAAGCUACUAGAACCCCGAGACCCUAUCUACUACUAUGCACAUAAUGAUUAGGAAAGAGCGAAUCAUCAAAACACUAGGUAUCCGCACCAAGUUUUGCCUAUGAGCUUCUACUACUUAAAACAAAAGGCAUGUAUCACAUCAGAAGUUCAGAAUUUUGCUCAAUAUAUCAUAUCAAAUGAUGAACCCCCCUAGUGAUAGUAGAUUUAGUUGCUGCUUAUGAAGAACUGAACUUCGUAGAUAAGAACAAUCAAAGUCUUGACUUCUACCCUUUGGAAUAACACAUUUUCCAUCCGUCACAUAAUGAAAAUAAUAAUAAAAAUUGAAAAAAAAAAAGAGGCUGAAUUUUGAACAAUUAAAUCAUCAUGACAUAAUGAUGAGCACAAAUUAACUCGAGUAAUGUUAAAUCACCAAACAUUCCACAAGAAAAUGGGCAAAAACUAAAGAACUGUAAAAUCAUAGAGAGAUUUUAGUUUGGAAAGAAUGACAACUUUUAAGGCUCAGAUCUGUAUAUUGUAACUACCAGACUGAGACAACUAACCCAGGCCAUGGCUGUAAAAUUGAACCCAGUUGCACAGAUGAACCGUGCCAUCAGGGUUUUGCCCUGCCAAGAUACGGGUCGGAUUGUCUCAAGUGCCGGAAUUCAUUCUGCUCAGAAAGAGUAUCCAGAAAAAAAAAAAAAAAAAUCAUCACAGCCUCUUUUUCCCAUCAAAGAUCGUCAUCAAAACAACCAUCUCAACUCCAGUUUAAGAUUUUAGUCUAAUUAUUAUCAUCAUCAUCGUUUAGAAGGGCUGUUGGUCGGAUCCCAAACGGGGUAAAUCAUUGACUAACAGAGGGGGGCAACCACCCUUUCCAAAAUCCCAAACCCAUACUGUUGCCUCAUUCUCACAAAACCCCACCGAUAAAAGUGGAACGGUACAGAGAAGAUUAGAAUGGCCCCCGCGCAAGGAUGAUACUCACAAAUCGAGGAUCCUCUUUAGGUCUGUCUUGGCUAUAGAGAUCGGAGGAGGAAAUCAAAGUGCGGGUGGAUUUUCC